UUGCUGGUCCGGCUCGCCAGUCAGGUCGCCACCUGCUCGGGAACUGGUCGGGUGGCUUCUAACAGCUGCGUCUUAACACUCGGGGGCUUAUAACAGGCCGUGUAGGAGAAUUAUUAUAUCCUUUAUUGUGGCGAAGUGUAUACCAAACAAGGAGAAAUGAGUUAGUGCGAACCAUAGUGAUUUUAACCAUCUGUGUCAGGUGUCAGUAUCGAACCCGAGAGACGAGCAAGAUGCAUCAGACAAGCGUAGAAUGAUGCAAGUUUUACCUUUAACUCUCCUGUGUGCGAUCUUUACUCCACUACACACAUAGCGACAAACAAGCCGAUCAUGCCUGGGGGAGUAAGACGCAGCUACAUCUUGGCAGUCGUCGCCGUCGUCCUCUUCGCCCUGUGUUACCACUCGUCCUCACCCUCCCAGCAUAGGUACAACGUCCGCCUCAACCAGGACGUCCAGGAGCUCAACCUCGAACUUUCCGAGGCCGAGAUAGAGGAUUUCCUGAAGACCAGCGCUCAGAAGACUAAGAGCGAGGCAGCACCGAUAUCAACCACAACCUCGGCAGUGCCACAGGCGUGGAACAAGAGCCAAGGAGAUGACGUGGAGUUCGUGGUAGUGAACAAUAAGGUGUACCUCAAGGGCGAGCCUAUUCCGCAGAAGGUCCGCUACCCUGUGCUGAAGCCCUCGAAGGGACGGGUGCUCAAGAACAUGGAUUUUAGCAGAUUCAAAGGAGAGGAGAAGGAGUUCAUGGAGGCGCGUCGUAGGACGCUGCUGAAGAGAGCUUCUCGAGUGAGCUCCAUGUGCAAAGCGCGCUCGAAGCUGGCUACCUCCAGGUUACUGCACUUGGUCUGGGAUCUCCAGCACCAGCCUAAUGUGGUGUGGUGUCCUAACUAUAAGGUCGCUUCCACUUCCUGGAUGGUCAACUACCUUCGUCUUGCGCACUUUAACGAAGGCAACCCCGAGAUCCUCAAACUACCGCCGGCGAAGAGGGAGAAAAGGCCCAUCAAGGUGAAGUUCGGGGCGCGGCAGAAGAAGGUGUUCGAGCUGUACCCUGCCCCUAGCGACGGCGCAGAACUGAAGAAGGCGUUUGAGGGCGCCAUAAGGGUGAUGUUCGUCAGGCAUCCCUUCGCCAGGAUCCUCUCAGCCUACAGGGAUAAGAUGAGUAAAAUGGACCCCAAGCCUCGAGAAUACCGCUUUCGGGACCUUCAAUUGGCUAUCAUCUCGAAGUACCGACAUGCAGAUAGUCCUGAGACUUCUCCUUUCCCGACCUUCCCGGAGUUUGUACAGCAUAUCAUUGACUCCACUAAAGGCUACCAGACAGCUGAGGACUGGGUGGAGCAUGUGAAGUGCUGGACACCGUACUGGGCGCAGUGUAACGUAUGCAGCAGUGACUACACCCUCAUUCUUAAGCUGGAAACCAUGAGUGAGGACGAGAGGUUCCUCAUAAAUCUUGCAAACUACGAAGAACUAAAAAAAAGGCAGACGCAGGAGUGGCGGCACCUUCACAACGCGACCUCCCAGGACCUUGCUUCUCAGUACUUCUCUCUCCUCACGCACGAGCAGAUCCUCCAGCUUCACCAGCGAUACCUCUUGGACUUCCAGCUGUUCGAGUACGCGCUGGACGACUAUUUGAAAUAUGCUAAUGAUCGAUAAGGCGGGAUUUGAGCGUGUUGGGAUUACGGGAAGAUAGGUCGUGUAUGUGUUAUGUGAUCUG